AUCCUCGAGAUAUUCAUGAUUGGUCAUUUACUUUUCGCGCCGUAUGACAACGAGAGGCAGCACAAGAUCGAGACGUAUGGAUUGGUGGCAAAUAUUUUCACCUUUAACAUGGGUUACUUGUUCUACGAACGGGACGAGUGGUGGAUCCAUCUCAUAGCGUCGUUUGUGUUCUUCGCCUUCAACCUCUUCAUGUGGUACUUGUUGUUCGUCUGCUUGAAGCAGGAGCUCGCCCUCGAAGGUGAGACGAUGAGGAUCGCCCGCGCGAAUCACGACUAUGAAUUGGAAGACAAGAUCGCGGAUGAGUUCGAGAAGAGGCGCGACAAGGAGAAGGACCAACAGAAGGCGAUGGAGGAGAAGGCCAAGCUCGACCAGAUGGUAGGCCGGCCACUUCCCUUUGCCGAUGACAAUCUCUGGGAGAAGAUGAGGACCGCAACGGUCCCGGAGAUGCGACAGGAUCAUAAGGAGCUGUCGGACAAACUCGAGGACAUGAGAUCUAAGUGGAAGCAGCGCUGGAACGCCAACGUAGAGAGGAAAUACCGCGUGGAUGAGGUCCACAGAGUGAAGGAGGUCUCCGCGGCUGAGAAGUGGCGAGAGCGCAAGGCUGCAGAACAGAGCGCGACACUGAAGGCGAGGGAGGGAACGCUCAGGCAGACCUGGCAAGAGAGGAUGGCACAGCGUAAAGCUGAAAGAGAUAAGUCAAACGGAGGUCGAAGGUGAGUUCACACCCACCUCCGCCUGGCAUAGAUUUUAAUUUAGAGGAAAGAGAACGAACACCGUUUA